AUGCACGCGCUAGACCUUGGCAUCUUCAUGCACAUCGUGUCAUGCAUUCGAGUCAUGUACAAGGACGACACGAAAGUGCUGAAGACUCUUGACAAGGCACUGCAGGAUCUGGGUGAUGCAACCCGCAUCUCGGGAUUCCGUAUUCCAAAGCGGGAUAAAGGCGGCUAUUUUGCCGGUUCUGCGAAGUUCCAGGCUUUCGAGCACCGCGCCGUGAUGCAGGUCGCAACCAUCGUGCUUGCCGGUAUUGUGGAUCAGAAGAUUGUCGAUGCAGUCGCAGCAUUUGUGGACUGCUACAUGCUGACAUGCCGAAGAUGUCCCUACUACUCUAUCCUUCACCCUCAUCUCUCAAACCAUACCUCUCCAUCCCUCUCUGUUGAUCCCUCCUCCACCCUCUCAUCCCAUCCUGCUUCGCCCUCUCCCUUUUUCUCACUCCCUACUUGCCUAUCUCUUCUCUCCACGCCUACCUCCAUGCAGCUCCCACUUCCUCCCUGGCAACUUCUCCCAGCCCAGCCCAUCAUCCUCCCUCUCCUCACCCACUGCAGCUCCCUCCUCACUCGCUAUUCCUCGACACCGCUCCCCCCUCCCGUGCUACUCCUCCCUGCAGCUCCCCCCUUCCUUGCUAUUCCACCCUGCAGCUCUCCCCUUCCUUGCUACUCCUCCCUGCAGCUCAACCCUUCCUUGCUAUUCCACCCUGCAGCUCUCCCCUUCCUUGCUACUCCUCCCUGUAGCUCCCCCCUUCCUUGCUACUCCUCCCUGCAUCUCCCCCCUUCCUUGCUACUCCUCCCUGCAGCUCCCCCCUUCCUUGCUACUCCUCCCUGCAGCUCCCCCAUUCCUUGCUACUCCUCCCUGCAGCUCCCCCCUUCCUUGCUAUUCCACCCUGCAGCUCUCCCCUUCCUUGCUACUCCUCCCUGCAGCUCCCCCCUUCCUCGCUACUCCUCCCUGCAGCUCCCCCCUUCCUUGCCACUCCUCCCUGCAGCUCCCCCCUUCCUUGCUACUCCUCCCUGCAGCUCCCCCCUUCCUUGCUACUCCUCCCUGCAGCUCUCCCCUUCCUUGCUACUCCUCCCUGCAGCUCCCCCCUUCCUUGCUACUCCUCCCUGCAGCUCCCCCCUUCCUUGCUACUCCUCCCUGCAGCUCCCCCCUUCCUUGCUACUCCUCCCUGCAGCUCCCCCCUUCCUUGCUACUCCUCCCUGCAGCUCCCCCCUUCCUUGCUACUCCUCCCUGCAGCUCCCCCCUCCCUUGCUAUUCCUCCCUGCAGCUCCAUCCGCCUUCACACUGGUGCCCUGUUUCGCUCCCUAUCUUGAAUCUGUUUGUUGUUUGCACACAGGCUAA